AUGCUUGGUCUGCUUUUCGGCGCCAUCGUCUUUGGCAAGAUUUCUGACCGGAUCGGACGAAAACGAGGGCUUUUUCUUGCAUUUACGCUUGGAUUGGCGACGAAUUUUCUGCUGGUCUUUGUGAAAGGACCAGUUGGUUUCACGAUUCUUCGAUUUUUCGCGGGGGCUUUUGCUCAUGCCUGCGUAGUGGUUAGUUAUGUUUAUGUGAUUGAACAGAUUGGGCCUUCUUGGAGAACAUUUAUUGGCUCUCAACAUCUUCAGUUUUUCGAGCUUGGAAUUGUGGUUCUCUCGAUAAUCGGCUACUACAACCGGGAUUGGCACGAUGUUCAAAUCGCCUUUCUCUGGGUUGGAAUCCCCUUUAUUCCAAUGUAUUUUGCUCUCCCUCGCUCGACAAGAUGGCUUUAUUCAAAAGGAAUGGUCAAAGAAGCAAGAGAAAACUUGGCAGCUUUGUCAGCAAAAACAAACGGAUCGAUAGACACGAAUUUUCUCGAUAAAUUUGAAGAAAAAUUCCUCGCUCCGGAAAGCUCUGUUGCUUGUGAAUCUUAUGGCGUCGUGGAUUUGUUUAAAAACUCGAAGUUGCGAAAAUUGACGUUGAUCAUGUGCUUCAACUGGUUCGUCACAUCGAUGGUCUAUUACGGGCUCGGGCUAAACGCGGGAAGUCUCUCUGGUGAUAUCUUCAUGAACAACGCUCUUUGUGGAAUAUUCGACGCUUUUGCAAAACUUGUCGCUCCGCUCUUUCUCCGCUCGAAACUCGGUCGUCGAGGUUCUCUUUGCUUUUUGUUCGUCGUUGGGGGACUCAGCUGCGUUGGCUCGAUGAUGGUCAAAUUGAACUCGGGCUGCUACUCUGGAGAAAAGAUAAUGGAAAACGACUGCGAGAUUGGAGGGAAAAUAGAAUGCGAUAGCUGGACGGAAGAAAUUUCAAAGUGGCUGGCUCUUGGGGGCAAAUUCUGCUCCUCCGCGACUUUUACGAUUGUUUAUGUGUAUACUGCAGAGCUUUAUCCAACUUGCAUCAGAGCCACAGCGCUUGGAAUAUCUUCUGCUGGCGGAAGAAUCGGCGGUGCUGUUUCUCCCCUAAUUUUCGGCCUCGACGAGAGCGUUCCUGGCUUUUCCUUCACAUUCUUCGGUCUUGCUGGCCUCCUCGCUGGAUAUCUGACUCUCAGACUUCCUGAAACACAGAACCGGCCGAUGAUGCAGUCAAUGGCUGACUUUAACGACCUAGAAUUUUCCAAAAGAAACACUGUUUUUCGAGACAAAGAUGCGAAGCGACCUUUGCUCGACAAUUCAACCCUGUAA